GGUUAACCCGCAAGGCCCAAUGCUGGUCACCCUGGAGGCCUGGGGCGGGAAGGCUGUACCCUGACGUCCCUGCCCCGGUGUGCAGGAGCCUCUCUGUGCAGCGCUCAGGCCAAGGGUCAGCUAGAGGCAGUGGAAGCCCUUGGAGCCCCCACUCGCAGGAACUGUAGGUUGCCUGUUCUUUUUCUUCUUUGCUUCUUACUGAGGUGCAGCUUGCAAUCCCGCCAUCGUAAGCGCAGAGUUCAGCGGGGUUUACCCCGAGCUGUGCAGCCACCGGCACAAUCUAAUUUAGGGCAUUUCCCUCUGUCUACGCAAACCCACUCCUUCGCCUGAUCCGCCGGCUCUGCCCGCGCUGCGCCGCGGGACCGGGCCGCCUGGGGGCGCGGCGACCCAGCGCUCAGCUGCGCCUGCGCCUGCGCCGCGCGAGAGCCCGAGAGCGAGCCCGUCGAGCGCGCGCCCACGCCGCGAGUGCGCCUGCGCGGAGCUCGUGGCCGCGCCCGCUCCCGCCCGGGGCUCCUCGCUGGCCGGCGGGGCCAUGGGGGAGGCCGAGGUGGGCGGCGGCGGUGCGGCUGGCGACAAGGGGCCGGGGGAGGCUGCCACCAGCCCGGCCGAGGAGACGGUGGUGUGGAGCCCCGAGGUGGAGGUGUGCCUCUUCCACGCCAUGCUGGGCCACAAGCCCGUCGGUGUGAAUCGGCACUUCCACAUGAUCUGCAUCCGAGACAAGUUCAGCCAAAACAUCGGUCGGCAGGUCCCAUCCAAGGUCAUCUGGGACCACCUGAGCACCAUGUAUGACAUGCAAGCACUGGUGAGCUGGACCCCCGCAGCCAGAGCCACUGGCAGAGAGCCCCCUCCACACCGCCUCCCCCCGCCCCCACCAGGUCCUGGCCUCAGGGACCUUGACAUCCAGGAUGUCCCACAGCACGAGUCUGAGAUUCUUCCGUUCCCAAAUCCAGAGAGGAAUUUUGUCCUUCCAGAAGAAAUCAUUCAAGAAGUCCGAGAAGGAAAAGUGAUCAUCGAGGAGGAAAUGAAAGAGGAAAUGAAGGAAGAUGUGGACCCCCACAACGGGGCUGAUGAUGUUUUUUCAUCUUCAGGAAGCUUGGGGAAAGCAACAGAAAAGUCCAGCAAAGACAAAGAAAAGAACAACUCGGACUUGGGGUCCAAAGAGGGGUCAGACAAGCGGAAGCGCAGCCGGGUCACUGACAAAGUCCUGACCGCCAACAGCAACCCCUCCAGCCCCAGUGCAGCCAAGCGGCGCCGGACGUAGACACUUGCAGCAGGCGGGUGCUGUGGUCUCCAGGCAGUCGGCGGGUCAAAUGCCACCAGCCCUGCUGCCUGCCCUCGGGUGCCAGAGGCUCCUGAGGUGUCACUCAGACCAUCUGGGCUCGGAUGGCCCCCAACGCCCAGGACGGGUCCCGCUCAGAUGCUGAGACCCAGGAUGUGUGAGCCCAGGCCGCGUCCUCUCUGGACACUCGUGGGUCCCAUCGCAUUGGCUCAGCUGCACCUGGGGCCAAGCGUUGGCAUGGGCCUGAGGACCAGGCUGCGUGGGCAGAGAGCGGGCACAGCAAGCAAUAAAACAUGGACUGCCUCUCUGCUCUGAGGGGCUCGGGUCUUCCCGUUUGUCCGUCUGUCCACCAGUCAAAGGCUCGCUCUCAACUGACUGCAGCCUCAGGGAAGCGUCAGGCCGCAGGCGCCGGCCCUUCCACCACCAGGGAGACUGAGAACUGGGUACUUUGCCUCAUUCACCUGUACUGUAAUGAUGUAUAUAAUUUGGUUGGUAUUUCACUAUUUAAUUUUUAAGAAGCCUAUUUUACUAGGGUUUUAUAUGAAAAAAGUACUGCAGAAGUUGAACCUGUGUUGUAUUUUUUCCUGAGAUGUUUUGUUUUAAGGUAACAGACUACUGAGAUACUUUUCACUCAGUUUUUAUAUGCCAGAUACAAAGAAUUUGUAGCGGUUAUUUUUGUAUUCUCGAGUCACUGCACUGGCAAACAGACCAAAUGAAUGAGCAGAGGGAGGCAGGCUGAGGGAGGAUGCAGCCUGGGCACCAGGCUGACCCAGACACACUUACUUUUGACUGAGGGACAUUAAAGCACAAAAAAGCAACUGGAGUUGUGUGAUUGUGAUACCAAAGUUAACUUUUCUUAUAGUAGGAGGUUGUCUUUUUCAAGAUUUAUAACUGAAGCUAGGCUUUGAUGUACUUGGAUCACUUGAUACAAUGAAUAUACAAACUAGUAACAGGU